UUUUAAAAUCGACUGGCUGUGGUCUCGGAGCCAGAGGCCUAGCGUUUUUGUUUCUUUAUUAUUUCAACAAAUGUCACUCUACCACAACCCGUUCUGAGCGGGGACUCUGCCUUAUGUGGCAUUUUUUCUGGACAUAGACGGCGGUACUAAAAGAAAGUUGUCAACAGUUAACGACGUUGAGGCAACUCUCCAAGUCCUAUACGAGGCGAGAAAAAAGAUGACAUCUCGUAGGUGGUUCCACCCCAACAUCACUGGUGUUGAGGCUGAGAACCUGCUGUUGACCAGGGGGGUAGACGGCAGCUUCCUAGCCAGACCCAGCAAGAGUAACCCGGGGGACUUCACACUCUCCGUCAGGCGGAAUGGUGCGGUGACUCACAUAAAGAUCCAGAAUACAGGUGACUACUAUGACCUGUACGGGGGAGAGAAGUUCGCCACGCUGGCGGAGCUGGUGCAGUAUUAUAUGGAACACCACGGCCAGCUCAAGGAGAAGAACGGAGACGUCAUCGAGCUCAAGUACCCCCUCAACUGCGCAGACCCCACCUCCGAAAGGUGGUUCCACGGUCACCUGUCGGGUCGCGAGGCGGAGAAGCUCCUGACGGAGAAGGGUAAGAAUGGGAGCUUCCUGGUUCGGGAGAGCCAGAGUCACCCGGGAGACUUUGUGCUCUCUGUACGCACCGGAGACGACAAGACCGACACCAGCGACUCCAAACCCAAGGUCACACACGUCAUGAUACGAUGCCAGCAUGACCUGAAAUAUGACGUGGGUGGAGGCGAGAAGUUCGACACGUUGACAGACCUGGUGGAGCACUACAAGAAGAACCCCAUGGUGGAGACACUGGGAACAGUACUGCAGCUCAAACAGCCCCUGAACACGACUCGUAUCAACGCUGCGGAGAUCGAGAGCCGAGUCCGAGAGCUCAGCAAACUGGCGGAGACCACAGACAAGGUCAAGCAGGGCUUCUGGGAGGAGUUUGAGACCCUUCAGCAGCAGGAGUGCAAGUUGCUGUACAGCCGGAAAGAAGGACAGAGGCCAGAGAACAAGAACAAGAACCGCUACAAGAACAUCCUGCCCUUCGACCACACGCGGGUGGUGCUGAAAGACGGCGACCCAGGAGAGGCCGGAUCAGACUACAUCAACGCAAACAUCAUCAUGCCUGAGCUGGAGGCGUUGUGCAAUACGGCGCGCCAGAGGAAGAGCUACAUCGCCACGCAGGGCUGCCUGCAGACCACCAUCGCAGACUUCUGGAGGAUGGUCUUCCAGGAGAACUCACGCGUCAUCGUCAUGACCACCAAGGAGGUGGAGAGGGGAAAGAGUAAGUGUGUGAAGUACUGGCCGGACAUGAACGCCCUGAAGGAAUACGGGAUCAUGCGGGUUCGCAACGUCAAGGAGACGACAGCACACGACUACACGCUCCGAGAACUCAAACUCUCAAAAGUCGGACAGGGCAACACGGAGCGCACGGUGUGGCAGUACCACUUCCGCGCCUGGCCGGAUCACGGCGUCCCCACGGACCCUGGCGGCGUUCUGGACUUCCUGGAGGAGGUCAACCUGAAGGGGGACACCAACCUCGAACCCGGUCCCAUAGUGGUCCACUGCAGUGCUGGCAUUGGGAGGACUGGAACCUUCAUAGUCAUCGACAUCCUCAUAGACAUCAUCAGAGAGAAAGGAGUGGACUGUGACAUCGACGUUCCCAAGACGAUCCAGAUGGUGCGAUCGCAGCGGUCAGGAAUGGUGCAGACAGAGGCUCAGUAUCGCUUCAUAUACAUGGCAGUACAGCACUACAUCGAGACACUGCAGAGACGCAUAGAGGAAGAACAGAAGAGUAAGAUUAAGGGGCGUGAGUACACCAACAUCAAGUAUUCUCUAUCUGACCUGACUGGGGGAGACCAGAGCCCCCUCCCCCCCUGCACACCCCUCCCACCAUGCCCAGAUACGCACAGUCUGCGAGAGGACAGCUCGAGGGUGUAUGAGAACGUGGGUCUCAUGCAACAGCAGAAGAUGAGUUUCAGAUGAGCAGACACACACACCUGGACAGGAAUCUUCUUGCCCCCCCCUGAUGAGAUGACGACCACACAGAACAUGAAGAUGACGAGUUAAGCCACGCCCACGCGGACGCCACACCUGAUCUCACCUGGCCGGCGUCACACCUGGUCACCUGGCGGUGUCACACGGUCUCACCCACCCGGCCUCCUCUGCUGAUCUGGGACCAGUGACCUGCCUCCGCCCCAGCCUCUACACACACACACACACACACACACACACACACACACACUCUCUCUCUCUCUCUGAAACCACUGUGAUGAUCACCAAGCCUUAUCUUCACACACAUAUACACACACACACACACACACACACACACACACACACACUGCUACAUCAAAUUAUGGCCCUCUAAAGUUACUGAUUGGCUUUGGAGAAAUUUGUAAUUCCAGGCUGCAUCUUUGUCGGUGUGGAAAGCUUUUGUUCUCUCUCUCUCUCUCUCUCUUUGUGUCUAUCUCUCUUUCUCGCUUACUCUCUUUGUUUAUCUCCUCUCUCUCUCUCUCUCUCUCUGAUCUGUUUAUUUUUUAACCAAAGGACGAUGUGCUAGAGUAGGUAUUAUUUGGAGCCAUGAGGGAGAGCUCAGCCGAGGGGGCCUGUGCCAAAACACAGAGCCGCUAGCGACGUUAGCGUCGCUACGUUAGCUUAGCCAUGUUGGCUUAGCUAUGUAAGCCUUGCCACAUUAGCUUGGUGACGUUAGCUUAACUAUCUUAGCCAACCCAUGGUAACAUAACCAUGUUGGCUUAACUAUGUUAGCCUUGCCACAUUAGCUUAGCCACGUUAGCUUAACCAUGUUGGUUCAGCUAUGUUAGCUUGGCUACGUUAGCUUGGCCACGUUAGCUACCCCGGGCCCCCUCCCCUUCCCGUCUCCAGGGGAAACGGCCAGAUCAGAUCAUACUGACUCCUGCUGGGCAAAGGGAGUUCUGCCAUUUGUAGAAUACUUUGUUUUCCUUUUCUCUGAUAUUGUUAUUUGUUUGUUUGUUUGUUUUUUGUCUUUAUUUUCCUUAAUGAGAUAAUUGUUUAUUAUUCUGUUACUGAAGCUAGUGCUGAGAGAGGGCAUGACGAGGGGGCUGGCUGUGUGUCUUAUGAGAUAAGGUAACGUGCCCUUAGGCCUCUGUGUGUGUGUGUGUGUGUGUGUGUGUGUGUGUGUGUGUGUGUGUGUGUGUGUGUGUGUGCGUGUGUGUGUGUACGUGCUUCAGUGAAAUGAAAUGAGAUGUGAUGCCUGGUGUGCCGUGCCCUCGUAUGGCCACUGGAGGAAGUGCACGUAUUGAGGUGUGUGUGUGUGUGUGUGUGUGUGUGUGUGUGUGUGUGUGUGUCGGCCCCAGACAUUCCCCCGUGCCCUCCCCAGCACAUGGAGUCGAGCGUGAGCGUUCUCUAGACGUCUAACGGGGAUGGUGGGGUCACAC